AUGUCUCCAAGAAGGUCAUUGACAUUGCAUGAAAUUGCUACUAUUCUUGAGGAAAAUGAUGAUUUUAGCAACCAGAGGCAAGAUUUUGAUAUUUUUUUACUUCCACCUGACACCGCCAAUGUUUGCCAAACUGACGAGGACUCGGGUGAAGAAGAUAACGUCAGCAGAAAUAAUUUGCCUGGAAAUUUGCUACGAGCUCCAACCUCAAUCUCAAUGGAGGAACCAGAAUCUGAAGACCAAACCCCUCAUGAAUUUGAAGAACCUUUAAAAAACGUGUCAUAA